AUGGCCGAGAGACUUGUCCCCGUCAUUUCACUCCACGACUUCGAGAGUCGCAAGAAGGCGAUCACUGAAGAGCUUGUGCAAGCAGCUGAGUUCGCAGGUUUUUUCAUAUUAGUCGAUCAUGGCAUCACUGUAGAUGAGAUUGAAGCGCAAUUCGCCAUUUCCAAGGCAUUUUUCGACCUCCCGACAGUAACCAAGGCAAAGACUUCUCAUGACACAAAUACAAAUAACGGAUGGGAAUACAAGGCUCAGCUACGUCAGAGCACUGGAUCGUAUGAUCAGAAGGAGUCGUUAUGGCUGAUGCCUCGUUCACAAUGGCCUAGCGAUACAGACGUUCCUCUUUUCAGCCAGACGACUGAAAGUUUCAUGGAAAAAUGUUCCGGCAUAUCGUAUAAAAUCUUGUCAUGCUUCUCUGUCGCUCUCGGCUUUCCCGAAGACUACUUCGUUCGCGCCAAUGACGUGAAGCAGUCCGACUGCAUGACCCAGUUGCGGCUCAUCCAUUAUCCGCCUAUGGAGAAUGCAGCGGGCAUGUGGCGAGCCGGUACGCACACAGACAUAGGGUGCUUGACUUUGCUCUUCCAACGAGAUGGCGAAGACGGCCUAGAAAUUUGCCCAGGUCGGGAGUCGUACACUAGCUUCGGUAUGGGUGAUGUCUUCACACCACUCCCCGCCAAGACAGGGCCUAUCGUGGUCAAUAUUGGAGACAUGAUGAUGGCCUGGUCCGAUGACCGACUCAAGAGCAACUUCCACCGUGUUCGUGCCAAGGAUUUGGGCGAAUCUCCUUCUCGCUAUUCAAUUGCGUACUUCAAUCAGGGCAGGAGAAGCUUCAUACUCCAAGGCCCGCUCAAGAAGUAG